UGUUAGCACAAAGAAGGAGUGUGAUUCAGUUUUGAGGAUAGAGAUCAGCUUCACUGUUAUAUAAUUAUAGCAGGAUAUGAUAUGGAUAAAACAUUAAUAUCAGGAAAGGAGGCUGUUGAAGACAAAGUGCCUGAAGGCAACACCGAUGGGAAGGUGCAGCCAGAUCAUGUGGAAAUGGAGGAAACUGAAAGAGACUCACAAAAUAGGAAGGCCAAGCCUGAUGAAGCAGAUAAGGAACUCGCUAAGAGGCUGCUGCCAGUCCCUGCACCUAACGAUGGGGAUAACCUCUGCACCGUUUGUGGCUUCUCAGCCAAAUGUCCAAGGUCACUGAAGAUUCACUAUGCAAGAAAGCAUGGAAAGAACUCAAAGAAUACCAGCAGAACUGCAAAGCCACCUGAAAGAGGUGAAAAUCUCUCUGAUGUGAGUCCAGAUGAAAUCCAGCAGGAAACAGACAUGGAGACAGAAAGGGGUGCUGAAGUUAAGCAAAACCAGGAGUCUGAUCUUGAUGAGCUGACAUCAGCAGACACCAACAAUUGCAUAAACACAAAGACUAAAAAGGAAACUGUAUUAGAGAAACAGCAGGCUGAUCAAGAAGAGACAGUUCCUACACAAGAGAGAAGAGUAAGCAAGCGAACCCCAAAACCUAAGAUGAUAUAUUCCUGCAACUACUGUGGGCAAGAGUUUAGGGACAAGUCUCCUCUAGAUGUGCAUAUCCACAGAUACCACACCAAAGACACCCCAUACACAUUUGAUGCUGAUGAGAACAUGGAGAAAGAAGAGGAAGCUGAGGUUCCUGGCAGCACAGUAAAGGCUGCUCCAGUACGAGUGGCGGCAAAACGUCCGCUUAGCAGGUUCCAGCUGAAGUGUACUAACUGUGAUUUUAGGGUUAGCACCCCUGCACUGCUGGAGAACCAUGCUCGAGUCAAACACUUGGACGAGGAGUGGUACCGCUGCAAAUUGUGUAACUUUUUUUCAGCCACAUCUGAGUGGAUGGACGCUCACCUGUCCUCAGAUAGCCACAUGCAACUGCAGAAAGGGGAGAAAUGCACAGAGUCUUCCUCAUUUGAAGUGUAUGUUGAAAGUAUAAGCAGAGUCACAGUUGGUGACAGUGCUUUUACGAAUGAUAUGGCUCAGGAGGCUGGUGGAGCAGGGGUAGCUACUUUGACAGAAGGAAAUAAGGAAACUGAGGAGGCAGUGGAGGCUGCCCAAGCUGUGUUGGUUGAUGAGGACGAUUUAGAGCUUGAACCUCCCAGAAAGAAAAGAGGAAGACCAAAGCACGGGUCCACGACCACUUGUGGAUACUGUGGCCUGGUUGUGUCCAACGCCACUAACCUGAGUGUCCAUGUUCGCCGCAAACACAGCAAGGAGUAUGGCUACAGCUGCACUUUGUGCAACUACAGCUGUGUGACCAAAGGAGACAUGGAUCGUCACUGUGUCACAAAGAAACAUUUUAGACGUGCACAAGAGAGUGCAAAUAAGAACCCAGUCAAAGAUCACGCAAGUGCACCACUGCAGGAAACCACAACUACACAAGCAGAGGAACCAAAUGCAUCUUCACAGACCACCGACAUAGAGCAGGAAUCUGACAACACAGCCUCCACAGAGCACAGUGUAGAAGAGCAAACUCAAUCAGACGCAAGUCAGGUAAAAAGUAAAUAUGAUUCUGUUAAUGCUUGCAGCCAUUGCGAUUUUGUAGCUCAAUCAAUCCCUUCCCUCCACUUUCACGUCAAGAGAAAGCACACCAAAGACUUUGAGUAUGUCUGUCUAGCAUGUAGCUACUAUGCUGUAACGAGCAGGGAAAUGUCUCGCCAUGCCAACACAGAAAAGCACAAACAGAGAAGCCAGAAAUAUCUGGAACCACUAGGGAGUGAAGAACAAGGAGAUUUGACACUACCAUUGAAAAUGAAGGAGGUCCCUGAGCCUUUGGGGGCAAACUCUAACCCUGAAUGUGAACCUCCUAGCCCCACAGAAGAGUCUGAAUCUUGUUCUGAUGACAACCAGGCCAUGGAACAUCAGAAUACAGAUGCACCGUUGGUCACGACAGAGCCUGUUGAUGCUUUGGCUAGUGUGGCUGGCAGUGCAGAUGAAAAACAAGCAGAGAGAGUUGCAUCUUCUAGUGGUGGUGAACCAGAUCCAGCCAACCAGAUACCUGGACUUACAUCCCUGUGUGAACCCCAGGAGGCUCUGGCAGAACUUCAGCCUGCGGCGGAUGAGUUCGCACAGCAAGAGAGCCAGGAGGAAGGGGGUAAACAAGCAGAUGAUGAACACCUAAAUGUGAUGGUCUUAGAUGCAAAAAGUGACCACUCUCAUUCAGAUAAACAAAUGUUGAAAGCCCUGCCAUUUGAUGCCUGCAUUGUAUCCGUGAAGACCCUUGCUGAGCAAGCCCUGCAAGAUGGUCUGUCUCUAGAAGGUGAGGCUGCUGUGAUAUGUCUGACUGGAGGAUCAUCAGUGACCCCCGGCUUCCUGCCCACCAAAUCUCAUGUCAAGAAGCUCAAACGCAAGGAAGCGAAGGGAAGAGAGGAAGCCAAAGGAGGCAGCUCUCGCAUACGCUGCGAGGACUGCGGCUUUAUGGCUGACGGAAUGAGUGGCCUAAAUGUGCACAUGUCAAUGAAGCAUCCUUCCACGGAGAAGCAUUUCCACUGCUUGGUGUGUGGCAAGUCGUUCUACACCGAGAGCAACCUCCACCAACAUCUGACCAGCGCCGCCCACCUCCGCAACGAGCAGAACAGCGUGGAGGAGCUGCCCGAAGGGGGCGCGAGCUUCAAGUGCGUGAAAUGCACAGACCGCUUCGAAUCGGAGCAGGAUCUGUUCAUUCACAUAAAGGAGAAACAUGAGGAGCUUCUGAGGGAGGUCAACAAGUAUGUGGUGGAGGACACGGAGCAGAUCAACCGCGAGCGUGAGGAGAACCAGGGCAGUGUGUGUAAAUACUGUGGCAAGGUGUGCAAGAGCAGCAACUCCAUGGCCUUCCUGGCACACAUUCGCACACACACUGGAUCCAAGCCCUUCAUGUGUAAGAUCUGCAACUUUGCAACUGCGCAGCUGGGAGAUGCCAGGAACCAUGUGAAGAGACACCUUGGCAUGAGAGAGUACAAAUGCGACAUCUGUGGGCCUCGUCUGUGGCGAGAGCGGAGACGAGUCAUGUUUGGCCUGUCAUCAUGGCUGCUAGUGUCAGUAUCUGGAGCUGCUGGUUCCUGUGACAGCGCUGGAGGGGCUGCUGGUCCUAGCAGAGUGCAGCCGUCACCCUGUGACACGCUCAGUGUCACCGAUCCCCUCCGCCUGGUGACAUGGCAUCCCCUCCUCCUCCUCCUCCAUCCUCAAUGUGGCUGA